GCGAGCCACACGUUGCGGGCCACCGCGUAUCAUUGUUCGAUUAGCUCGCUUCGAGCUACCCUUCGUUUCACGAACAUACACUUUUCACUAUGUAAAUAAAAUCCCCGGCCCCUGGGGCGUAUUCUUUCAUCGAUCCUUAGUGAAUCAUCUCUGGAAGGUAACCGCGAUGUAAUGCACGUGGUGAAGGAUCGCGAGAUGAAACUUCUUAAAAUUAUUCAUCAUCGCAAAAGCCAAAAAGUAAAAGUGCAAUUCCUUGGCAAAGAUGAUCUGUGUGGAGUGCUUAAAAUAUGUUGAAUCGCCGGAUAUCUGCCGGAUAUCUACCUACCUAUCUACCUACCGAAGAGAGCAACGAUGACGAUCUAAUUUCAAUCUGCUGCUCCUAAACAUCUUAGUACGACUUGCUAAAAUCCAAAACAUGCGCCGAUUGAAGUGAAAACUUGCCAAUCAUCUAACUUCUAAUCUCAAGAUCUCCUGCUCUUGGACACCACGAUACUCGCUGAAUUUAGGAGGAUGGAAUCCUGUUCGAUAAAUUCAAGUUAAUAAUCCAACCCCGAUUUUCAGCUGCUAGAUAUCACGAUGAUGAUGCGCCUAUACGCGCCCUGGAGUUUUUCCGAAUGAAACGAGUUAACAGUUGUCGAUUCAUUGACUCGGUCGCGUGUUUGCAUUAAGACGAGGCAAACAGCACUCGUUCGACAUAACGUAAGCUCAAUGAAAUUCAUUGUGUCGCGCAAUGUCUCGCUUUUCCAUGAACCUUUUACCAAAGAACAAAAAAUUCUCCUUUCUUAACGAGCAGUGCGUGCAGAGUGUGAUCAAAUAAAAGAGUAAUUUAAUUAACUAAAGAAAAAAUAAUAAAUAAUAAAGUGAAUGUAACAAGUGAACAAAUAAUUAAAAAUGUAAGAAUUGAAGAUGUCUUCACCAGUUGCGAUCAAGCGUGAAAAAUUUUGUGACAUUAUUCAUGUGUGUAAGAAGCAUUAUCAUGAAAUUAAGAUAUUGCAGUAAAUUGAUUUUCGCUUGGCGAGUAAGACGCGCCGGAAGUGACUCGAUUGAGGAAUCAGCGCAGCCGAGGAAUCUUGAGACUAUUAUCGCACGAGGAUAUAUCAAAAUCUCUACGAAGAAUGUGUCGCUCGAAAGUCUCAUUUCGUCAAGUUGCCCCUUCAAAAUUCGCCGAGAACCUUCUAACUGGAAUUGUGUAAAAUUAUAAUUACACUGCAAAACAAAGAAGAAUCUACAAUUACGACUAUACAAUUGCGAGUAAAAUCCAUGUAAACGGACAAUCAACUAGCAUAGCUCAAAAAGACCCAAGUAUACGAAGCGCUUAUAGAAGCUCAAGUACUCAAAUACUCAAGUACUAAUCUAUCCCACCGAGUAAUCUAACAAAGUUGAAAGAAAUGCAUUGCUAUCUAAUUUUCUUAUUUUCGGCCUUAUCGACGACGAGCGGAUGGCGAAAUAUUCCACGUGAACCAUCUCGAGUGUUGCAAUUGGAAGAUCUCGAGAUCCGCAACACCGCUCGGGUGAAAUUGUAAUCGUAAAUGGAUCGAUCACAGGCCGUCUAUCGCAUCAAGAAAGAAACGAAAAAAAACGCGGAAGAAGUCGUAGCCGACGCCGGUAGCCAGUCGAGAAGCGAGAGAAACCCGUAGUUUCUACAAAAUGAGCUUCAACGAAACGCUGAAAGAAGACCUGGACAACACCACGGAUCUGUCGGGCGACCUUCUUCUCGAUACCGGCCAGCGGAACAAAAAUCAUUUCCUUGUUUUGACCGUAAAAGCUUUCAUCAUGGGAUUAAUUAUCCUGUGCGCUCUCUUCGGCAAUCUGCUGGUCAUCGUGUCGGUCAUGAGACACCGCAGACUUCGCGUGAUCACCAACUAUUUCGUAGUGUCGCUGGCCUUGGCGGAUAUGCUGGUAGCGCUGUUCGCCAUGACGUUCAACGCGUCCGUGGAACUGUCCGGGCGUUGGCUCUUCGGAUAUUUCAUGUGCGAUGUGUGGAAUUCACUGGACGUCUUCUUCAGUACCGUCAGCAUCCUCCAUCUUUGCUGCAUCAGCGUUGACAGAUAUUACGCGAUUGUCCAGCCGCUCGACUAUCCGUUGAUCAUGACAAAUGUGCGACUGGGAACUAUGCUAAGCGUCGUAUGGUGCUCGCCGACCGUUAUGAGCUUUCUGCCGAUCUUCGCUGGAUGGUACACCACGAAGGAACAUCUCGACUACAGAAGAAAAUACCCGGAUGUGUGUAUGUUCCACGUCAACAAGUUCUACGCCGUUGUCAGUUCUAGCGUGAGCUUCUGGGUGCCGGGAAUAAUCAUGAUCGCGAUGUACUACAAGAUUUAUCGUGAGGCCGAUCGUCAAGAGCGCAUGCUGUAUCGAAGCAAAGUGGCCGCUGCUCUGUUAAAUAAACAUCUGCAAAUCAACGGAAUCUCGGCUGGUCUGACUUCUUUGCCGACUGUGGACCAAUCGUCACCCGAUCCACAGCCGGAGGAGCCACCAAUAACCAGCAGCAGCAAAAUGAAAAGAGAGAGGAAAGCGGCCAGGACGCUUGGUAUCAUUAUGACGGCGUUUCUGGCUUGCUGGCUUCCCUUCUUCCUUUGGUACAUUAUCACGACGCUGUGCGACUCGUGCGGUAGCGGCGGCCAACUAGUAGUGGCAACUGUGUUCUGGGUGGGCUAUUUCAAUAGCGCCCUGAAUCCGGUCAUCUACGCUUACUUCAACCGCGAAUUUCGCGCGGCGUUUUGCAAGACCCUCGAGAGUUGCUGCCGUGCGAUCGGACCGGUGCAUGAUCUGCGUCAAGUACAUCGCAAGCAGGAUCUCGUGCACAGCAACGCUUCUUCCGAGCUGCACGUCAACAAUCAGCUACGUAACAGCGAGAUGACCAACGUGCACAUCGAGGCGUGUAUUUAAAUACGCGAUGGAUCACGCGAUGGAUUACGCCAUCUGAUGUAAAGUGUGAAAAUAACGGACUACUUCUCCAAGUGUCUUCUGAAUAGGAAAAAUAAGGCAGUGGCAUACAGGUAGGAUAGAUAAAUUCUAUCAAAAAUAUCAGGUUGAUCCAAAAUUUCAUUCGUUUUGUUUUUUAAAUAAAAACGUUUAAUAAUUCAAUAUUAAAAUAA